AGUGAAGUUAACCGGUGUCGCGUGUUUCGCAAAUAAGUAGAAGUGUGUACGAAGUUAUUUCUUAACAUUUCUAAUGACUAUCAAAACUUUUGAAAUUAACGAGAUGGAAAAUGAACCUCUUCAACCAGGAUCAACUCAAGCUGAUUUCAUUAAGGAAGAAUUGAACUUCGAUAUAGAUCCAAAUGAUCCAUUACACAAAGCAGCUUUAAAUGAACAUCCACCUGAAGAAUGGAUAGAUAUUUUGGGAAAUGGACAGUUGAAAAAAAAGGUUCUAAAAAAAGGAAAAAAUGGAACACGACCAAAUAGAUCUGAUAUCUGUACUCUAAAUAUUAUUGGAAAAUUAAAAGAUGAUACAACAGUUGAAAACUAUGAAGAUCUCAAAAUUCAAUUAGGUGAUGUUGAAGUGAUUCAGGGGUUAGAUCUGGCAAUUGCACUAAUGGAUGUGGGUGAAGUUGCUGAGAUUGAAGUUAAUCCAAGAUUUGCCUAUGGUUCUCUAGGAAAAGAACCAAAUAUUCCACCUAAUGCCUGUAUAUUAUAUACAGUUGAAUUGAAAUCCAGCCAAUUAGAAGAAGAAAUAGAAAUUCUUAAUGUCAAUCAGCGAAAAGAAAUUGGUAACAAAAAACGAGAACGUGGAAAUUGGUGGUUUACUCGUAAUGAACCAACACUUGCAAUUCAAUGUUAUCGGAGAGCAUUGGAAUUUUUGUUACCAAUGGAAAAUCGUGCAUCUUAUCAAAAUGAGACAGAAGAUACCACUACUGAUGCAGAAUUACAAGUUUUGUUAGAAGAUCGUAUGAAAGUAUAUAAUAAUUUAGCAGCUGCACAAAUGAAAACACAAGCUUAUGAUGCAGCUUUGAAAAGUGUAGAAAGUGUUUUAAGUUGUCAACCACAAAAUAUAAAAGCACUUUUUAGAAAAGGAAAAAUUUUGCAUUAUAAAGGAGAACAUGCAUUAGCAUACCAAACAUUACUUCAAGCAGCAAAAUUGGAACCAGAAACAAAAGCUAUUCAGAUGGAAUUAGCCAUUUUAAAAGAAAAAAAUGCUAAAGACGCUCAACAUGAAAAAAAUUUAUAUCGUAAAAUGUUAGGUACACAUAAAAAUAAUAUUUCUCCAAAAAAUUCAAAAAAAGAAAAUAAGAAUAAUAGUCCGUCAAAGCUUACAUUGAGUUUAAUUGGUGGAGCAACUGCAGCUCUUGUAGGUAUAGUUUUAUACAGAUUUGUUUCGUGAAAAAAAUUUACAGACAAAUUAAAAUGAAAAACAAUGUCCAAGCUAAAUAUUAUAAAAUGUACUAAUAUAUAAUUAAG